AUGCAAAAGCUUUCGAAAAAUGUUUGCCGCAAGGUCAUCAUCGGCAGAGAAAAGUGUAACUCUCACAGGGUAAUCAGCACAGCGGUAGGGCUCUCCAUAAUUCCCAUCGGCCCAAAAUGCAUCAUCCAAACAGACCGCAAAGCGUAUAGCUUGCUCAGAGAUUACAUGGUGGAAAGAGAUCACGAAAGUAAACAAAAUAGCGCCCUUUACAACCGCAAUGAAAAUAACGACUUUAUCGAAAGUAGUAGUCUACGGAGGAGGGAGAUUUUACACCAUCGAAAGGAUGGCGUAGACAUUGUUCAUAUGGACCGGGACAUAUUCACCUCUCUGAAAAAUGUCCUGUCCCUAAUUGAUAGUAUAAAUACUCGAGUGGUGCAAAAUGGAUUAGCGGCCAGUACGCCAAGUGGCACCCCCCCCAGCAAUGGGAUGCUGCAAACAAGAGCAAUAAUAAAUGAGAAGGAGUACCUCUUCUGUGUAGAAUUAGGAAAAGAUAGCACAGCCGGAAGUGGACAUCUGAGGAGAAAUUCCUGUCCAGGGGAUUUCCCCCCUUGUGAUGAUGAAGAUCUUUGUAAUUUAAAAAGAGAAAUUCAAGGCGUCGAUUUUUUCGCCUUAUCUGCUCUACUCCGCGUGUAUCAGAAAAUUGCCAGAAAAAAAUAUGACCCCUGUGAAGGUAAUCCCUCCAGAGUACCUUUCCCAUUUAACAGGGUAGAAAAGUUCAUCCUCCAAACGUUAUGCUCCCACAUUGACAGUCUGCUUCAACGAAAGAACAACAGAAAAGGUGACCCGCUGGACAACCAUCUAACAGAACGUCCAAGCAGCAAGGCUCCCUUUCGUGCCAUAUACUGGGAAAUAUUAAACAUUUUACAAACUCUUACACACAACAAAGUAGAAUACAUAGACGUCAUAAAUCGAGUGCUAUAUGAACAGUUUAAUUUUGUGGACAAGCACAGACAUCACUAUAACUAUGCCUUCUCCGUUGCUCUCCUUCCUGUGAUUAAUGAAGUACUCCUAUAUCAGUCAACUUUGUUAGGGUCACCUCCAACAGGGGGGGAAGACUUCCCUCCCCCUGCGUUCUUUACAACCAUAGGUGGGAACCCCCUUCACAUGCAGAAGGAGGCCUUUACGUGGGGAUACAUCGAGGAGAACUACCAAAAAGAGGACCUAUCUACGAACAGGAUUGAAUCCCCAACGGGUGAUGAACAGAGUAGAAGUAUGGACACCCCGCAAAACUGUGAAACGGAUCAAAAUUCAGCGAAAGAAAGAAAGAACUGUGUAGAUACCAUUUUUACCCCCCCGAAGAGUGCCCAAAAAGAGUUUAACCCCCCUGCGGAUGGCGCGAUGUUCUCUUACUUGCAACAGUAUAGUAUUACCCUGCUCAGCAUAAUUGCCAAAAAGAUAAAGUACAUGGAAAAUAGGAACCAUAUCCAUGACUUAGGACUCAUACUAGAAAGUAUCAACACCCUGCUGCAUGUGAAAAGCAUCUCUAAGGGACAGCUCCCCAUCUUGAUAAAUCCAAGGGUCGAAUUUUUAAAGGACGUCAUCCUAAACGAUAAGGACCACCCCACCGGAGUUAACCAAAAGAUGUACCUCCUUCUCUUCCUCGAUUACAUUUUUAACUUUUUAAAAAAUUUUAAAUUUGGUUCCAAGUCCAUCCAUAGGAUGACAAAAGAGGGGGAAUCUCUUGGGAACCAUUUUCUUAAAAUUCUCUGCCUGUCCAGCAGCAUUAGGCAGAUACUAAUGAGGGGGGGAAGGAAUAGUGACAGGAUUGGUGGUCAUCACCACCAUGGCCCCAACGUUGUGUGCACCAAUGAUGCGCCGCUCUAUGCAGACCAAACAUCCAAACUAAUCAGUAGGGUAAAUAGAAACAUCGGUCUGCUGACGAGCGAGGUAAUUUUAAAUGCCCCCAAUAAUUAUGGUUUGCCCACCCGUUUGGAAAGGAGCCACGUAUCCAACGCCUACAUGGCUUACCUACUCAAUGACGUCUACCUGCAAAACAACAGCGAAGUGAAAAAAAUGAUCCUUUCGCAUUUCGUGAAGAAAAAUGAAUCGUCACAUUGGGGGAGCCAACCGGAGGGUGAGAGGCAAAUAUACCUGGAAUAUAUCACCCUCUACAAUUUUGUGAAAAUCUUCAAAGGGGAUAUUAACCAAGCGGAAGGGAAAGACGCAGAAGGGGCAGAAAGGGAAAGAUGUGUUGAGAAGAUUUUCCCUUUUUUUCGGACCUUCAUGGAGAACUGCAUAAAUAUGAAUGGCGAUGAAAAUAACGCCACAGAAAUAUCGCCUAACCAGCAGAUGAAGCAACUCCUUCAUGGGAUGAACAAACUGUGCUACUUCUACGUGCUCUGCAAAAGGCAUAUCACGAAUGCUAAUUUCGUGGCACUUGCAAAUUGUAAUUUCUACUUUGCAUUUUCGAUAAUUAAUUGGCACAUUGAAAAAUGCUUGAACAGGUCAGAACUUUUUUUCCCUCAUUUUGUUAACAUGUGUGUGGAGAAGAUAUUCGUCAUUGUGGGCACUCUCAAAUGUUUCGGUCUAACAGCGGAGGAAGAUUUGGCCGACUGCCUCUCCAAAUUUAUCACGCUGACGCAUGUGUGCAUGACUGAAGAGAACAGGAAGAGUCUCCUUUUUUAUGUGUUGCCUUAUGUGGAGCGCGCGAGAAAGGACGUUGGCAAGUUGGGAAGCCUUUUAGUGGGUACCGAAAGGGCAUCAUUGGGUGACGCAGGAGGGAAGGAUGAGUGUACCGAUGCUGAAAGGAAAAGCUAUGCUUACUGUGAAAAGAACCAGUCUGAUGACGCCCACUUUGAAACCCCCCCCCUGAUGACACCCCCUUACGCACCGAUCAAAACUUGCACCACAUGGAAAAACGCAUCGAAGAGGUACUAG